AUGGGGACACAGGUAAGAUAUGGAGACACAGUACGCCCCCACGAGGACCCUGCUGAACCUAGACUUCCUGAUGGUGCUGACGUCUCCCUACACCACCCAGUACGCCCCCACGAGAACCCAGCUGAACUCAGACCUCCUGAUGGUGCUGACGUCUCCCCACACCACCAGCACCCCCACGAGAACCCAGCUGAACCAGACCUCCUUGAUGGUGCUGACGUCUCCCCACAUCCUCCAGCACGCCCCACGAGGACCCUGUUGAACCCAGACCUCCUUGAUGCUGACGUCUCCCCACACCACCCAGUACGCCCCCACGAGAACCCAGCUGAACCCAGACCUCCUGAUGGUGUUGACGUCUCCCACAUCCUCCAGUACGCCCCCACGAGGACCCUGCUGAACCCAGACCUCCUGAUGGUGUUGACGUCUCCCCUACACCACCCAGUACGCCCCCACGAGAACCCAGCUGAACUCUGA